CUUUAACCAAAAAAGGGUAAAUAAAAAAGACACUACUUAUUAGUUAUUAAUCUCCCUAUAUAAUUUGAUCAUUCAAUUUACAAAUUGCAAUACCUACCUAGCGUGCUUCAAUCAUGGCUUUCAGCUGUUCCUCUAUCAUCACUUACAAGAAAGAUCAAUUGGGAUUCUGUGCUUUUCCUUCAUCAUUUCCAUCUUCCUUUUUUACCGAUAAGAAAUGCAAUAAAACAAUAUCAAAGAAGAUUGUUUCUUUGGUGUCACCUCAAAAGAACAAACCCAACCUUUCUGCAGUUGGCUCAAGUAAAACUCCAAUGACUGCAACAGAGAAGAUACUGGCCAGAGCUUGUGAGAAGAGUGAGGUUAAGGCAGGGGAAAAUGCAUGGAUUAAUGUAGAUGUUUUGAUGAUCAAUGAUAUUACUUGUCCUGGUGUGUGUGGAACCUUCAAGAGAGAGUUUGGUAACACUGCAAAGGUUUGGGACCGUGAAAAGAUUGUAGUUAUUCCGGAUCAUUACAUAUUCACAAAUGAUGAACGUGCACACCGUAAUGUGGAUACUGCAAGAGACUUUUGUGUGGAGCAAGAUAUUAAGUACUUCUAUGACAUUCAAGAUCGUAGCAACUUUAGGGCUAAUCCUGAUUAUAAAGGUGUUUGUCACGUUGCUCUUGCACAAGAGGGUCAUUGCAGACCUGGAGAGGUUUUGCUUGGUACAGAUUCGCACACGACAUCAGCUGGAGCAUUUGGUCAAUUUGCUACUGGAGUUGGCAACACUGACGCAGCUUUUAUAUUGGGGACAGGGAAGAUCUUACUCAAGGUGCCUGCAACAUUGAGAUUUGUACUUGAUGGUGAAAUGCCAAACUAUUUGCUUGCAAAGGACCUUAUUUUGAAUAUCAUUGGAGAAAUAUCUAUGUCUGGUGCAACAUACAAAACGAUGGAGUUUGUUGGGACCACCAUUGAAAGUUUAACUAUGGAAGAAAGAAUGACACUGUGCAACAUGGUUGUAGAAGCUGGAGGAAAAAAUGGUAUUGUUGCUGCUGACAGGACCACAUACAAGUACCUUGAGGAUAAGACAUCUACACCCUAUGAACCAAUUUUCAGUGAUGAGAAAGCUAGAUUUCAAGCGGAGUACAGGUUUGAUGUAUCAGAGUUGGAGCCGUUGGUGGCAAAGCCACAUUCCCCUGAUAACCGUGCUUUGGCAAGAGAAUGCAACAAUGUUAAAAUUGACAGAGUAUACAUUGGAUCAUGCACUGGUGGAAAGACUGAAGAUUUUAUGGCUGCGGCAAAAGUUUUCUUAGCUGGUGGAAAAACUGUCAAGGUUCCUACUUUUCUUGUUCCUGCUACCCAAAAGGUUUGGAUGGACUUAUACACGCUUGAGGUACCUGGCUCGGGUGGCAAAACAUGUUCACAGAUAUUUGAAGAAGCUGGUUGUGAUCCACCUGCAAGUCCUAGCUGUGCUGCGUGUAUGGGAGGCCCAAAAGACACUUACGGACGCUUAAAUGAACCCAAGCAGGUCUGUGUCUCAACAACAAAUCGAAAUUUCCCUGGUAGGAUGGGUCACAUUGAAGGCCAUGUAUAUCUUGCUUCCCCAUAUACUGCAGCAGCAUCUGCAUUAACGGGUUUUGUAACUGAUCCGAGGAAGUUCUUGUAGUAAGAUAGUAUGUGUAAAAAUAAGUUUCUAAUUUCUUUUAAUAAUAAGAAUCCAAAUUUAUAUGUUAAAAUAAUGUGUACUUUAAGUCAAUUGUUUUUUACACAAUUAGAUUUCGUAAGCAUAGAGCAUAUUAGUGUUACAACUUGGUAGCAAUCCAAAUAAUUGUUAAGUUACAA